GGGGGGACACGUCCAUUUGAAGCCCGGUGACUUCUGCCGCUGUCUCUCUUCCUUUGCUCCUGUGUCUUCUUACCCUUCCUGCUGGGGCCGCCGAGGGCUGACGGUUACCGGCCACCUCUGGGUGAAGGGCUGGGUGAAACGCUCCCUGUAUUUUCCUUUUUUUCUCUUCAUCUAUAGGGCAAGAAACAGUUAUUUUCCCAUAUUUUUUUCAGUGCCACGUGGGCCAUCCACGCUGCUAAACAUAAGGACAAAAACGAUCCUUCCCCCCCCCCCCCCCACACACGUAGCUUUUCCCUUCUCCCUCUCUCCCAUCAACUUCUGCUAAUUAAUUGGUUUUGUUUUUAGAUUCAAACUGGUGAGAUGUGAGUGCACAGACUGAUGGUAGCAAGUUAAUUUUGGAUUAAAGUGACUUAGAGGUUUUUAGUUACGUUUAUCCUGAGCACACGUAUGUUAAAAUGCUGCUGGUUAAAUUGUCCAUAAAGUAGUUGACAGGGUCCCUUCUGCGUGUUCUUUGAAAGAGACCCUCAGAUAUUAACUUUUUUUUAUUUUGUUCCACCCUGAGCUUGUCUGAGGACACCGUGGCUGAGUUCCCAUUAAAACUUGUGGUUGUCAACUGGGGUACAUAGUUUGGGUCAGAUAAAACCUUCUGAAAAGUGAUAUAGAAAAGCUAAUCCAUCGACUGUGGCUUGGAUAGAUUGAUGUGAAGCCCCAGUAGCAUGGCUGUUCUGUAAGCAGGCGUGUAGGCCUCACUUGGCUUAAGAUUUUAACUUCUGGGAAGGGUAAUUUUGAAACUGAUGUCAGAGGGUUGGAAGAUGCCUUCAAAGGAAGUCAUUCCAUAAGAGAAUAAGCAAUGAGGAUAAAGUUACACCAUCUGUGAAUGGCGUGACUUUUUCGGGCCUGAAUUUGACCCCACAAGAGGUAAAUGGGGCAGGUAGCAUGAUUUGUCAGUAAUGUCCUAUAAUACCCGUAAUAUUAGCUGUGAAAGCCAUCAGAGGAGGUAUAAGCAGGCCAAAUACUUUUUCAUAGUUUAGAAUGCAAGUACUAUUGAUUCAUGCUACGAAGGGUGAUAAACCUGGCUAUUUUGGCCUAUUCUUAAAAUUGCACUGAUAACUAUUAAAAAGUUACAUUCGUAGAGUUCAUCUCAUCGUGGAUCAAGUAGUCAAGUUCCCAGGCUGCCCUGCUAGCUUUUUAUGAUUUUCACUCAAAUGAUACAGUGCUAGUUUUAUGGGGUAAAAGAAGCUGCCCGUCUGAGGACUGCAGGACGAUGUCUACUCUGAAACCUAACAUAGAUUUUUUUUUCAUUGCACCUUUUGAUUUAAUGUUCAGUUGCAGCUAAUUUUGCUUAUGAAAUCUGAAUUGUCUUGAGUACCUUCCAGAACUGCAGCCUUCAGUUACCCAAAUGGUAUUUCAGCUUUCUAAUAACACAAAUUCUCACUUUUAUACAGUCAACUGAAUAUGGGAAAAUAACUUUUUUUGGAGAACUUUUUAAAAUGUCACUCAUAGAGUUAUUGCACCCACUAGUGGAGAAGAUCAAAACUACACAAGCUGAAACAAAGGGGUCUUCCUCUCAUUUUCACCUGUUUUAAGUUUUGGUGGUAAUUCAAAACACUGAAGCUGUCUUCACUAAUUUUUUUGUAAUUUUCAUGGCAAACUGUUCUGGACUCUGUCUCCUGCAGAUGAGAACAAGCUGUGUUGAAAAGAGCUUCUGUCAUGAGAUGAAGUCCUAGGAUGUAUUUGUAAUUGAUAUAAGAAAGUAUUAAUACUGUUCUACGAAGCAUUAAUAAAGCUCCUCAUGGGAUUUUGGGUACAACUCUGGUAAUCCAUGUUUGAGAAAGAUCUACUGAUACAGAAAGAUUAGUGUGAUCAAUGGAGCGGGAUUUCUUGUGAGAGGAGACUAAAAGAGGAAAACUUAUUUAGCCUGUCCAAAAAAAGUUUGAGAAGGAUAUAGUUUACUGUCUGUUCUCUUGAUAUGUAUCUGUCGUCAGCCAAAAAGGCUACAAUUCUGCCCAAACACAGGUGAACUGGACUGAAAAGCACGCCAGUUUUGGUGGUAGGAGAUGUGAGGGUUUUAUAGCUGGUUGCCUAGGGCAUCCAGCCGACUUUGACUCUUCUGAAUGACCAGGAACCUCCUGGAACUGAUAUACUGGGCUGCUCUUUUGCAUAGGUUUAAUGCAAAGUUUGAUCUCAUGUUUCAGAGUCACAGAAAGAUACCGUGACCAGUGUUCAGCUACAUCUCUUAAAUCCCAGGGAGCCUUAGGACUCAGGCUGAGGCAUCCAGCCCCAGACUGGAGCCUUGCUUGGGGCAUAUGUCCAGCUGUCAUUUGCACAGUGUCAGCCACCUCACUUCUAGUGCGAGAGACUGACAUGCUUUGAUCACACUAAGUCCACGUUCCACCUCGACUUGCAACAUACAGGAGGGGGAAAGCCUGACAUCCCUGAAAAUGGCAGCUGAGACAUCCGCAAAAGCUCCAAAACCUGCUAGACAAUCCAUCCUCAAAGAAGAGGUAAUUGUUGAAAAAAAAUGGCUGAAGCUUGAAGAAACAACUUACAUUGAUGCCUUUGGUAAAACCAGAACUUGGGAAACUGUAAAGCGUGCUAGCAAGAAAAAGGGCAUUUCAGCUGAUGGUGUAGCAGUGAUAGCUGUACUGCAGAGAACUCUCCACUAUGACUGCAUUGUCCUAGUGAAACAGUUCAGGCCUCCAAUUAGUGGCUACUGCUUGGAAUUUCCUGCAGGCCUCAUAGAGGAAAAUGAGACUGCGGAAAGUGCUGCGUUGCGAGAGUUGGAGGAAGAAACCGGGUACAUAGGGGAAGUUGUUGAAUGUACUCCAGCUCUCUGCUUGGACCCAGGUUUGUCUAACAGCACAACGCACAUUGUGACUGUCACCAUUAACGGAGAUGAUGCUAAGAACGUAAGACCUAAGCAAAAACUUGAAUUUGUGGAAGUUAUCUCACUUCCAAAGAAUGACCUACUGCAAAGAAUUGAUGAACUAGUAGCAGAAGAGCAUAUUGCAGUGGAUGCCAGAGUUUAUACUUAUGCAUUGGCCCUGAAACGUGCAACAGAAAAGCCGCUCCAAGUUCCUUUUAUGAAGUUCUAACACUACACAGUGAGAAAUGUAGUAGAAAACUACAGCUCAGAUGACACAGAAGUACAACUCUUGGUGUAACAGAGGUCCUUUACAUUCCUUGCAGAGUCAAAAUAAGUAUUUGUAGGAAUAAUUCUGAUAUUUUUAUCUGGAAUUAUGUAACUGACUUAAAAUAUUUCUAACUGCUCAGUCUAUCAAGCCUUGGCAGGAUAAUCAUAAUAAAAAUGCUGUUUAAUUUUCAAAA